AUGAUACGAAAUAGUGCAAGGUUCUUCUCUACCAAUACCACACUUUACCAAAGAACAUUUGCAAGAAGACUGCUAGUACGGUUAGUCUGGUCAAACGAUACUGUUGAAAAAAAAUCAGGUUUUAAAAUGUGGACUACCUAUUUGAAAAAUGAUAAAUGUGAUUCCCUAAAAACUUUGAAAGAAUAUCAAGAUAAAAUCAUGGAUACCGUUGAAAUCAACGGUACGAAAAAAAAUGAUUUAAUUCUAAAUGAAAUUAAUCAAUGGCAUUUCCAUAACCCGGAAGCUUCAUUAGUAGAUACUCCUACUUUAUUGAUCCAUGGUUAUGCAGCCUCUUCUUUAGCUUAUUUUAGAACGUUUAGUGGAUUAUCAGACAAAAUUAAAAACUUAUAUGCAAUUGACCUGCCAUCCUUUGGCCUGUCAAAUGCACCUCCUUUAGAUUUUAAAGAAAAAGUAUCUGAUAUAAAAAUAAAGUUAAGUGAUGAUAAUACAAAAUUUAAAAUUUCUGAUUCAAAUCGUGUAGAUUCCUUGGAUCUAAAAAAAUUAAUAGGAAAAUAUGAAGAUUAUUAUGUCGAAAAAAUUGAAGAUUGGAGAAAGGCUAAUAAAUUAGAAAAAAUAAAUUUGGUGGGUCAUUCUUUUGGUGGAUACAUUUCAUUCAAAUAUGCUAUCAAGUAUCCAGAUGCUAUUAAUAGACUAUGUUUGGUCUCACCUCUUGGUAUGGAAUCAAAUAUUCACUCAGUAAAUAAUAACUUUGAAACGAAAAAGGAAUAUCCAUUAGAUUUAGAAGAUCCGUCUUCAAGAUUUUAUGCAAAGGAAAGAAGAAUCCCAAAUUUUCUAUUUAAAAAUCAAUUAAAUGUAUUAAGAUGGAUGGGUCCAAUAGGUUCUAAACUAUGCUGGAAUUAUAUAAAUGCAUCAUAUCGUAGAGUACCAAACCCACUUUUUAAGGAAUAUCUAUUUGAAUUAUUAUACGGUAAAGGGGGUAUGCCUUCUGUCACAAUAGAUAUUUUCACUAAUUUAUUUACGAGGUCAUUAUUAGCAAGAGAUCCAAUAAUGGAUUCCAUUUCAAAGCUUAAGGCUGAAAAGGUUCUAUUACUAUAUGGUGAGCACGACUGGAUGAACAAUCUUGCUGGUUAUAAUAUGGUCGAAUCGUUAAAUCAGUUAAAACCAAACAACAACAUCAGCACAAUAGAUUACGCUAAUUAUGUAGAGGUUCCAGAUGCUGGUCAUAAUUUAUUUCUGGAUAAUCCACAAUUUUUCAAUAGCGCAGUACUAUCAUUCUUUAAAGCUAAGUAG